AUGUCGAUGAGUAAUUCGAUAAGAAUACGGCGAAGCUCAAGAGCUGAUUCAAAAGUGAAUCUCAUUUAUGAAGUUCUCUUUGAUGAAAAAACUCCACCGGAUGAGGCACCCGAACAACUAUCAGUUGAGAUUGGACAAAAACUCGAAUUGAGAUGUCUAACAGAGGAUGGUUCUCUUGAUGCUGAUUCGAUGCAUUUCACCACUCUCAACAAAGAGCUUCAAUUUGAAAAAGAAGAGAAAAUCGACAAAGGAAUCUCUGUCCCAAUUGAAGGUUUCAAUCUAAAGAAACAUGCAGGAAUCGUUGAAUGCUCGGUGAAAUAUAAAAAGGAAAAAAAUCGAUCGAUCACAAAGAGAAUCAAUUUUGCACAUCAGCAAGUUCUUCCAAUGCACGUUAUUCCUUGUGAAGUAAAUAUUUGUCACAAUGGAGGUGUCUGUGGAGUCGAGGCGAAAAUCGAGAAAUGCUUCUGUCCUCAUGCCUUUGGUGGCGAGAGAUGCGCCGACCCAGUGGUUUCCGAUUUCAUUUAUCGUGCAGCUCAAGUCGCCCUUGGUGGAUCAGGUGUUUUCCUUUUCGCACUUCUCGCCUUAUCCGUAGCCCUCGGAUUUCUUUUCCUCAAAGAAAGGAGAAAAAGAAGAGAACUUUUGGAUUAUAUGGAUCGAUCUCCCCCAGAUUCUCCAUUGUCACCAAUACAAGAAGAAUCACAAUCUGAUGUAUUCAACUUCAGUAUUGAGAAUCCAUAUAAGGAAACAUGUACCCCACAAAAAGCCCCAAAACGAAAGCCGCCAGUUCGUUCAGAAGAAGUGACAAGUGAUUCGUGGUGGAGAAGAAGUAUGAAAAGAUUGAGAGGAGGAUUUAGACCUCAUCAAAAUGGGAAUCGUGCAGAAGGGAAAAUGAUGAUCGAUCCCUCCCCUCCACAACCACCUUUAUCU